CACACUCACUUUAUAUAUUCACAGCUCUCACUUCUCACUCUUAUCAACAACUGCAAUUCUUGUCUCUCAUUUCAUAUUUUCCAUAACAACCAUGGCUCAGGCACUGUCAUUGUCAACAAUUGCUUCACCUAUUCUGUCCCAAAAACCAUGCAACUCUCUCAAAAAUACACCACCUUGCAUGACCACAUUUCCAUUAAAGAGGCAAUUGCCGAGGCUAGGACUGAGAAAUGUGAGAGCUCAGGCUGGUGGUGAUGGUGAUAACAAAGAUAACUCCGUGGAAGUUCAUCGUGUUAACAAAGACGAUCAAGGAACUGCUGUAGAAAGAAAGCCUCGCAGAAGUUCCAUCGAUAUUUCACCAUUUGGUUUAUUGGACCCAUGGUCACCUAUGAGAAGCAUGCGUCAGAUGCUGGACACAAUGGACAGAAUUUUCGAAGAUGCAAUCACAAUUCCUGGAAGAAACAUUGGAGGAGGUGAGAUUCGUGUCCCUUGGGACAUCAAAGAUGAAGAACAUGAAAUCAGAAUGCGUUUUGAUAUGCCUGGUGUUUCUAAGGAAGACGUUAAAGUGUCAGUUGAAGAUGAUGUUCUUGUCAUAAAAAGUGAUCAUAGAGAGGAAAAUGGUGGAGAAGAUAGUUGGUCAAGAAAGAGUUAUAGUUGUUAUGAUACUCGUCUCAAGCUUCCUGAUAACUGUGAGAAAGAGAAGGUUAAAGCUGAGUUGAAAGAUGGUGUGCUUUAUAUUACUAUUCCUAAGACUAAAAUUGAACGCAAGGUUAUUGAUGUUCAAAUUCAGUGAUAGGAUUAAACUUGAAAAAUGCCAUGCUUUUUAAUAGUAUCCUCUAUGUGGAGGAGCUAAUGUGUUAUUUUGUCUCUUUUUUUACCUAUAAAAAUGUUUUGUCUAAAUGUAGAAUAAAUAAGAUCCUUUACUAUUUUAUAAA